CAGUAGGGACCACGUUCGCUUGAGUCGUUGCUAGGUCCUUUCAGAUUGGAACUUCACUCCUUUAAAGUCGGCUUCUCCCAACGUCAAUUGCCUUGUUAUAACUGCAUCGCACAAGUCUAGACUUCUUGCUCCUCUUCUGUAUUUCUCGCGUCAGGUCUACAAUACAAUGCGCACCGGUGUCUUGCUCAGUGUCGCUCUUGCGACCACCGUCUUUGCCCAUGGCGGCGCUCACUCGCAGAAGCCCGUUGUUGAUGCCAAUGCGGACUGGAUGACCAAACAUAUGGCGGAGGAGCAUCAUGUUCAAGGCUGGGACGCCGACUCCUUCUUCACCCUCCACGACUACAACAGCGACGGCUGGUGGCAAGCUGCUGAGUUGAUGCGAACGUACGGUCUCUUCGACGAAUCAAACAAGGGCAUGACCGAGAAGAAGAAGGACGAGGUCCGCGAUGUUCUGCUGGGUCUUCUCGAUAAGGACGGCGACUCCUCUGUCAGUCGCCAGGAGUGGAUGGACUUUAUCAAGUCUGGAAAGACACUCCCGGACCUUAACACUGGCCCCGGCCACCACGGCGAUGACGAGUAUGAGUAUGAGAUCCACCAUUGGGAGAAGUACCACGACGACAACACCAAGCUCGAGGACCUGACACAUCCCGAAGACAUUGAGCAUUUUAAGAAACACGACGAGAUGGAGGAUGCCCAAGAACGCCUCGAAGCAAUGCAGAAGCUCUCCAUCGUCGAGGCCAACAUUCCUCAAAAGUUCCGACGACAAUAGACAAUAGAACACGAUACCGAACUGUAUUUUACUUUACCUAGAAUACCAUGACUGGGGCAGGGACUCGGGGCGUGUGUGAUAGGGGCGCAUGACAUCAUGAUGGAUGAAACUGAAAUUCUAUGUACUCGAUAUUAUUGGGAUAAUAAGCAUGAUACACGAUAUAGCUAGAUCUUGUAAACAUGAACGUCAAAGACGCAGUGCCAGACGCCUGGUGCGAAUGUCUUGACAAGCUCGAUAUGCUCGGCCUUGGCUGCCCGAUCUGUUCCUUGGCUCCAGUCGUCGAAUUUGCGCUGUAUCUCCUGGCGUCUUGUUUCUGUGUCGUUUGCGCCAACGUUUUCGUGAAGAUGCAGCCAUGUCUCACUGGCUGGAGAGGAAAUAUCCCACGUGUCUCUCCAAGUUGGUUCGCUUGUUGGUAGGAAACCACAGUUGAUGUGCCGUAUGUCUUGUGUCAUGCCAUUACCCUGUAGCGACUGUAUCCUCUGUAGAGCUUUCUCAUUGCUCUCCAGGAACACAAUAAUCUGCUCUCCUCCGUUUACGAUGUCUUCGUUUGGUAGGGCCAAGUCUUCACCUUGGACAAUUCGAACGCUCCAUCGGUUUGCUUUUGCGCCACGUCGUAGACCUUCGACACUCCAUGGAUUGAUCUCCCAGCAUAAGACUCUCAUGCCAAGUCGAGCAUAUGAGAAAACAAAGUAGCCGAUUCCAGCAUAGAGGUCAACCGCCCAUGAGCCCUGAAGUGUCUUGUUUCCCAUAUCUAACAGUCUUGCUUUCUCUUUGACAUUUCCCCGGCUAAACAUUGUCCAGCUGGGUGCCCAGGUUUGGAAUAUCCCAUUUUGCUUCGUCGAAACCCAUAAAGUGUUUUCAAAAUCUUCUUCGGAAGGUUCAUCCGCUGAGACAUAUGAGGACCCAAAAUCUCCGCAGAGAGUGCGCAGCCCACUUGGACUUCUUCUCACAUUCUCAUCCGCCUCCUCACCUGCCUUGUGUAGAGGGAUGCCUUCAUUCACGGCGAGAUGAGUCAAUGGCUCCUUUGCCUGUGUCGACAGUUGUGCUAGGAUCUGGGACCAGAGUUGUUGGCAUGAAUCUGGGCCGGCGUCUUGUAAUGUGGUUGUCCAGGGUAAGGAUGUGAAGCUUCCUGUGGGCAGCAUGACCAUUGGUUCAUAGAUGGUAAAGCGCUUGGGUGCGCUGUUUAAGAGUUGGGCAUUCCAUUCUUGAUCCGUUUCUGUUUUGGAAGCUUGGCCUGAGCCAAUCCAUUCGUUGAUGGCAUUUUGUAUUGGAUUGCUUUUGGAGCCCUUUGGUUUUGGCAUGUUGGUGGGAGGUGGAUUUUGGUGAG